CAGCUGUGUGGCUUACCUCACGGUGGAAAGAGUAUCUGAAGAGUACUGAGGGGAGGGUGACAAGAGACGUUAGCUAGCUGUGAGACCACGGUCCUGACUUGAUAGAACAGUCUGAAAUCUGGAAUCCGAUCUGAUCUACUUUGAUUUCAGCACCUUUCGAUACAAGGGAACUGAGCAAAGGUUGUGCAGCACAGAUAUCAAAGAGUGGGUUUUAAGAUGCCAAACUAUAAACUGACAUACUUCAAAUUGAGAGGGAGAGCGGAAACAGCUCGUUACAUUUUUGCAUACAGUGGGAUAGACUAUGAAAACGACACAAUUGAAAGAUCAGUAUGGGCCAGCUUAAAACCAACUCUGCUGUUUAAACAGCUUCCGAUUCUGAAGAUGGAUGAAAUUGAACUGAACCAGAGCACUGCCAUCGCGAGGUACCUGGCCAGAGAAUCAGGCCUAGCUGGGAAAACCAGUAUUGAGCAAGCUCAAGUGGACGCCAUUGUGGACACAAUAAAUGACUUCAUGAACCUGUUUCCUUGGACUGAGAAAAACGAGGCUGUUAAACAAAAGAUGAAUGAAGAUAUUGUCACCAACAACAUACCUAUACUACUGAAUGGUCUGAGCAAGCUCCUUGGGGACCAAAACUGGUUUGUUGGCGACUCAGUUACCUGGGCAGAUUUUCACUGGGCUGUCUGUUCGAUCACCCUCAGCAAUCUAAAUACCGACUUGCAUAGCUAUCCGACAUUAUUAGCCUUGAAAGAACGUGUGGAAGCUCUCCCUCAAAUCGCAGCCUGGAUAGAGCGGAGACCAAAUACUCUACUGUAAUGUUACUGCAUCAGUUCUCCGGAGAAACUAUUACACCACUUUAUUGGAUUUCAGUUUUACGGACGACAGUAUCAUUCUUCAAGCAAGUGUUUUUAAAUUGCCAGCGCCUGUCUUGAUCUUGUAAUCAUUGCUAUAGAUUUCAAAGAUACAAGCUUUGAGUUUCUAAUUUGUUAGCCUGUAGGGAAGCAGUUCUAAAGGUUUGGAAUUCCUUCCAGUAGAUGAGAUCGACAUGUUGAGCUAAUGGAGGUGUGUGAAGGACCUGAUAGCUUGGCAUCUUUCCCAGGAAUGAAGCUGAAAUAAAGCUGAUAGAGCUGCUGCCUCACAGAGCCAGAGACCCGGGUUUGACCCUGACCUCGGGUGCUGUCUGUGUGGAGUUUGCACAAGCGUGUUUACAUGAGGGGCUCUGGUUUCUCUCCAAGUCCAAAAGACGUGCGGGUUUGUCGGUUAAUUGGCCUCUGAAAAUUGCUCUGAGUGUGUAGGUUGGAUGUAAACGUGGAUAACAUGGAACUAGUGUGAAUGGAUGAUCAAUGGUCAGCUUGGACUUGGUGGGCCAAAUUUCGUAUGGAUAUCCAUGUCGUAUCUCCAAACUAAACUGUUAUCACUCAAUGGCCUAAACUCAUAUUUUGUGCAACGUUAAGAAGUAUCUCUUCAAAAAGGACAGUGCAAAUCAAUAUCCUUCCCCCUAAAGUAGAUGGGAUUUAAUGGAAUGAUUUAGACCCGAGUGAUAGAUUAUUGUUGGUAGUUGUGGACUUAGGGGCUAUAAGUGAGAUGCAGAUCGACCUCAGGAGAUGACUCAAAAUGCUGGAGUAACUCAGCAGGUCAUCACUAGAGAACAUGGUUAGGCAACGUUUCGGGACAGGAUCAUUCUUCAGACUUGAGUCACCUCAGGAGAUCGCUGGCAUUCAGCUACACCGUAACACACGGGACAAUUGUCAGUCUGGUUUUUUAUGCGACUUCUGGUUACAUCUACUUAUGGGACGUUACCUUCUUGAUCUCAGAAUGAAAGAUUUGAAUUAAUAAUUUAGAUAAUGGUAUCAGAACCACAUUAAAAAAAAAUUGCAGAUAGUACUAAAUUGGGUUCACGGAAAAUUUCCAGAUCACACGAUAUUAGUUAACUUGCAGAAUAAACAUGUUGGAAAUAAAUUUAAGCAAGUGAUAAAUUACACUUCAGUUAUGCAAAAAUAAAGAAACUAAAUAAAAUUCAAA